ACACAUUCACAACACAAAGGGGUCCCACAAAAAUGCAGGUCAAUCAGGUACAUGCGGAACUCAGCGUAUAUCAUUUUCAUUUUAGAUUGGAGAGCCCGUUAAUCACCGACAAUCCGAAUGCAUUAUCAUCACGGUCAAAUGAUUUUCGGCAUGGGAAAAUGUGACAUCGGCCAAGACAUGUGCUAGGGUCUACGAGCACCUGUCCAGUACCGUUAGGAUGUUUCAAUGCAAAAUAUUGUUCUUUGUGUAAAUAUAAAGUACAUACAAUGUACCAAAGUCAUUCUCUCCCCCUUACCAACACAUCCUCACAAACAAUGGCUACCGUUCAAACAACACCAGCUCCUGCUCAAACAGCUGAUCAGAUUCAACCGCAAAACGGUAAUGGUCCUCCUACAUAUGAACAUGAAAGGACGUUACCUACUCAACCCGUUCAACCUGCAGUAGCACAACCAUUCAUGGUUCCCGCUCAAACAAACAAUAGUAAUGAAAAAGAACCUUUAGCAUUCUUACAACCAGGUCAACAACCCGUUCCUCAAAUGCAACAAGGCUUAAUCAAUACUGCAGUCAUUGCCGAUAAUGCAAUCUCCUACGAUGCAGUUCGAAUGUCAUACGCACAAUAUAUCACAAUUCCGAAGUUGAGUGUGGAAAAACAAAUUCCAACCGAAUUAUCAUCUCGUGGUAUUACAGAAAGUGAAUAUUCUGCUGUCAUCACUCAAGUAAGAGCAUUAAAAUCAAAAAGUAACACAAAUAAAAUCGCUCUUUGGACUUCGUGUAUCUUUUGUUGCGGUAUCAUUGGUUAUUUACUCGUUGCUCAACGAGCUGUUGGAAACAAGAGAUUACGCAAGCAAUUAGAAGCUCCCCUCGAGGAAAUUAAUCGCAGUUUGAUGCAUCGCGGCGUUCCAGUUCGUUGGUUGUGGGUGGACGGAUCUUUGAGAGCGUACUACAAAUGAUCCCUUCGUACCAUCAUUGUUCGUUUUUGCUUUUUUUGAGAUACCU